GCCGGACAGACCGACUCUGGUCCUCCUCACACACGCAUACACUCCAAAAAAAGCGGGUUUGGAAGCGCAGGAGAGCGCCGAAAGGCAGGACUCUUUCACUUUUUCGAGCGAUGCUGCGACUUUCUGUUCGACGAGGACUUUAUUCGCUUUCAAAGUAAAAAGUUUCACACAUUUGACGACGCGUCGUCCAGCCUUCAUGUGACGAGUGUCACAUUUUGGGGCCAGCUCCGCGCUGAAGCUACUCAGGUGUUCAGUUACACUACCCGGGGAAGUUUGUGUCGCAUUUUUUUUUUAACUCUUCUUGCUCUCUUCUUAAAAUUUAUUGAGCCGGAAGAAGGGUCGCUUUUUUUCUCCCCGCAUUUUUUUUUAAACUUUUCUAUUUUGUGUAAUUCAGCUUUCCCACUGUGUUGGACUUAUAAUAUCAAGCGGGCAAGCCUGAGCUGGCGCUCUCCUGGAGCCCUGAUGAGACACAAGCCGCCGCUCCCCACGGAGGGUUAUACUGUGCCGAGAUGGAUGAGGCUGAGAAAUACAAACAGCGCAUUGAGGCCAUUGCUGAGAAGCGUCGGUUGCAGGAAGAGCAGGACAGAUCCAGAAGAGAGAAGGAGGAUGAGAAGCUCAGACUACGGCAGUUCAAGAGGAAGUCGCUGAGAGAGCAGUGGUUAAUGGAAGGAGCUCCCUUGUCCCCGACCUCUCUGGACACUGAGAGCCUUCACUCCCCUCCAUGGAGCGACCAGGCCGGGGAUAUAGAAGAGCACAUUGAAAAGUCGCAGUCAGAGAAUAAGCAGUUGGCAGAAGAGCAAGAAAAGCUGGAGAAAAGGACAGAGGACGGUGAAACGGUAAAAAUGUCACAUGCUGGAGAAGAAGUGGUCAGUGAUGUUGCACAGAAUGGAGAAAACAAUUCAACUGGAUCAGAAACAACUGAAGAUGAUACGGAGGAAAACCAAGAGGCACCACUGGAUGAAAAUUGGGUCAUUGUAACCAAUGGUGUGGAAAACACUGAAGUUAGUGCUUCAGAUGAAAAUAAUCAGUCACUCACUAAUGGGCCAACCAGUGAUGUUAGUGUGGAGAUGGGAAAGAAUUUGGAUGUUUCUGAGGAAGAUCCGGUCCAGGUUCCAAAUACCAAUGUUAAAGAAGAGGAGGAAGAAGAAGGGACUCUGGUGAUGAGAGCAGAAUGCAUCUUCAUCACAGAUGAUGGGGAUGAUGUUUCUGGAGAGGUUGUGUCGCAGGCAGAUCAACAGGAAUCCGUGCAGUCAGACCAGAUCCUUCUGCCAAAUCCAGAAGGAGAAGCCAGAAAAGAGGGAGGGGAGGCUGCAGAGGUGGAUGUACAAACAGAAACUUUUACAGAGCCAGAGAGUGAGCCAUUGGGAGACAUAGAUGAUAGCAUAAAGGCAAAUCCAGGUGAAGAUGAAGAUAGAGAUGUAAAAACUGAGGGCCAGGACAACGAUUUGAAAGAUCCAGCCUGUGUGCAGUCGCAGUCCCUAAUCAGUCCUCCAGAGAGCACUGCGGUGGCUUUGUUGCCUGUCUAUACUGAGGCACAACCUUCUAAUCUUAGUCCUGAUCUACAGGUUCAAGCUGAAGAAUCAGCAGCAGUACCAGAGGAAACUGAGGCAGCAUCAAAAGCACAAGAGGCUACCUGUCUUACUGAUCAGUUCCAGGAGGUGCCUCUGUCUGAUGCCCAAGAAAACCAAAGAACAGAGGCAGGGCCUGGGGAACAGGAACCCCUUCUGUUGAACGCCAAAGCCCCCAGCACUAUGGUAGAGCCAGCAGGCGCUGACAGCCCAGCCAAUGCAGAGGCACAGAGCCCAAACGCAGCUAGCCAGGGAGCGGCGUCUGAGUCACCCAAGCCCAAAAAAUGCGACUGCUGCUCUGUCAUGUAAAUGCCCUCUGUGUACAUGCAUUUGCUCUCAACCUCUUCACUCUGCCAGUAUCCUUCAGCCUGUGCAUUGGCUGCUCAGUUCAUAACAAUUACUUCCCUCAUCUCUUUGUUUUGUGCAUCCAUCCAUUUUUGUUUAAUAAGAAUGCCUGGAAGCUGCUUCCCUUUCCUCCACUGUCCACUGCCAACAUUCCUAGUAUUCCUCUUGAAAUUUCCUCAUCCCCAGUCUCAAGCUUUGAUGCUGCAACAGGAAGUGUGCUCGCUCCAACAUGAGGAGAGGAAUCAUAUGGACUGAACUAGUUUUAAAGUGGAACUACAGUUUUAAAAAGAAAAAAAAAACAGUUUUUUGGGCCACACUGUUUUGAGUUUGAUAUAAUUCUCUUCAGAGAAAAAAAACAAUUUCAUGUAUUUUACAUUAUUUGCUGAAGUCAUUUUGUAGUUUUAAAAAUCUGAGUUGUAACUAGAAAAUUGCAAUGAUAUGGAAAGGUUCAUAAAGUUCUGGAGAUAUUCUGUUUUACUGACUUGAAGCUGGACUGUUAAUGCUUUAGGCCUUUUAAUAAAUGUUUUUAAUCCCACUACAGUAGCCUAAACAGGUUUAACCAACUGACUAUUUGGUUAAAUUGUGUCAUUUAUAAACAGUGUGCUCCAUUGAUAGUUAAAAAAAUAUUACCUAAAAGUAUGAUACAUAUGGGUUUUUUUUUUUUUAAUUCUUAACAUGGAAGGCCUGGAAUUCCUGAGAUGACUCUGUUACAAAUGUACAUACUGUAUACAGAAAGCGUGUAUAAUUUUUUGAAAUGAUUUAAUGAUUAAACUGUCAUUUGCAAUACUCUUCUUAACAUAA